UGGCUGAAGUGAAGGACGGAGGGGAAAUGUUGAGCUGUUCAGCUGGUCUCUGCAGAUAUCCGACUCCUGCAAAACAAUGUAGAGAGAAAAAGUGCUGAAUGCCAGAAUCACCGGGAGGAGAAACACUCACACACACGCCCCUGCGGAACAACCUGAUCCAGCGCGUUAGAUAUUUACCGGCCCUGCCACCUGAUUCAGCCGAGAUAAGCGCUGGACUGCAGUGUAUAAUCUCCAGUCUCUGUGUUUCAGUGAUGCGAAAGCGGAAAAACAGCGCAGAUCAUGACAGCUCGUUUACGUCUUCACUGUUGGACGGCAGAUCCGAUCUAAAGCAUUGCAACAAAACGACAGACGCCGGUUCUGAAGCAGAAGGUUCGGGGAAAGCGAUGGGAAGACGUUACAAAAGGGGCGGCCUUAUGUGGAGGCUGAAGAGGAUAAUGAUCUGGGUGCUGGGAAUCUACAUCGCCAUCCCUGUUAUUAUCAAACUCUGUCCAUCAAUACAAGCCAAAUUAGUUUUUUUAAACUUUGUACGAGUACCGUAUUUUAUAGACCUGAAGAGGCCGCAGGAUCAGGGGUUAAACCACACACACAACUUCUACCUGCAGCCAGAGGAAGGAAUCAACAUUGGAGUGUGGCAUACUGUACCUGUGGUGAUGUGGAGGGAAGCUCAGGGUAAAGAUGCUGAAUGGUUUGAGAAAAGCUUCCAGCCCAAUCACCCUGUCAUCCUUUAUCUCCAUGGCAACGCAGGGACGAGAGGAGGAGAUCACCGAGUUCAGCUGUACAAGGUUCUCAGUUCAUUAGGUUAUCAUGUAGUCACGUUCGAUUAUAGAGGUUGGGGUGACUCUGAGGGCAGCCCAUCCGAGGAAGGGAUGACGUCAGACGCUCUUUUUCUCUACCAGUGGAUAAAGCAGCGGAUUGGCCAGAAGCACCUCUACAUUUGGGGUCACUCGCUGGGAACGGGAGUGGCCACAAACCUAGUGAGACGUCUGUGUGACAGGGGAACGCCACCUGAUGCUCUCAUUCUAGAAUCGCCCUUUACAAACAUCAGAGAGGAAGCAAAGAGCCACCCCUUUUCUAUGAUUUACAGAUAUCUUCCAGGCUUUGACUGGUUCUUUUUGGAUGCCAUAACUGCAAACGACAUACGGUUCGCCAGCGACGAGAAUGUUAACCACAUAUCAUGUCCGGUUCUGAUCCUGCAUGCAGAAGACGACACAGUUGUGCCCUUUCAGCUGGGAAAAAAGCUGUAUGAUUUGGCCGCCCAAAGCAAGAGUUUAAACGGUCAUAAGGUUCAGUUUAUUCCUUUCCCAAACUCUCUGGGAUACAGACACAAGUUUAUCUACAAGAGUCCACAGCUUCCAAAUAUACUCAGUGAUUUCCUCAGUAUGUCGCAUCCGCACGUGUAGUCGAGAUCACACCAUCAGUCAAACACACACAAUGUACAUCAUGUGCACGGUGUACGUCACGUGUACAUGGACACACACAAGAAUGGACUGAAAUUGCAUCGGCUCUUUGCAUUCCUUUAUUAACUUUAAAGCGAAGAAGAAAUCGCCAAGGAACCGAGGGAUGGGCGAUUUGUUUCGCUGUCUCCCGUUGUCAUGGUUACAGAUCUGAAGGGGCAUCAGGAGUAUGCAAUAUGCAAAUAUGCACUAAAAUUAAUGCUCACCAAGCCUCUUCCAACAAAUAAAGAACAGAUGAAGUUUUAAUGAUGGCUCUGUUAAAACCAGAUGUGGAUCAAAGAAGAAAAAGGGACGAAGCAGGACAACGUGCUAUUAUGAUGUCAACAUACCUGCUGAAAAAAACGUCAGUAGUCGCUGACCAUAGUUCACUCCUUUUAUUUUUACAAACGUACUAUAACAAAUCUGACCAAAUAUCAUGGACCUAAUUUUAAUUCUGAAAUCCACUCAAUGUGAACAGUGAGUUGUUUUAUGUUUAACUUGAAUUGUACAAUAAAUUGUCAGUCUUUAUCUUUUUGUCUUUUAUUUUUCUCCUUUGAAUUAUAAGAAUGAGAAUGGAACUGAAUUGUCUAAAUGUUGGUUGAAAAAUUUUCUGCUGGUAUAUAUUUAAACUGGUGGGAUUUAUUUGUAAUUGGCUAAACCCGGAUGUGUUAAAUGGCCAUUAGUCCAUAACAUAUACUUACUGUAUGCCAGAAUGCUACACAACUCCAGGUGAAAUGAAAUGAGUUUGUGUAAUGAGAAAUCCACAAACGAGCUGUUUUAAAUAUUCAGUUAGUAGUUUUAGUUCAAUUUGCAUGCCUGUUACUGAUAACAUGUUGCACUGUUUAAGCGAGACGGGAUGCAAUGUUUGUUUGCUUCUUUCCUUAUGCAGAUUUUCUUUGGAAUGUAAAUCCGGACUUUGCACAUUCCGAAUUAACAAGAUUAAUACUUAAAUCCAUAACAUGUUUAAUAACAUAAAAAAGAAUUUGAGCAAAUGAAGAAUUUGAUUUAUAUGUAUAUCAAUAAGUAUAUCAAUAUCAUAUAUUAAUAUGAAAUUAAAUGUCUGUGCACUCUACUUUGACAUAGGAAAAAGUACAUUAAGUACUGUUCAUUUAAAAAAAUGUUUUAUAUCUGAUAUCUAGAUACCUAACUAAUAUUCUUUAUUAAUAUUCAUUGUUUUCAGUACGUUUUCUCAUCCCUGAUUGGACUAUAAGCAAAGCAUGCGACUUGUCCAAAGGAAAUCAUUGUAUUUGAUUCAAAUAUUACUUUUACGUGUAUCUUCCAAUGUUUUAUUGUGUUGUUUAAUUUGGCUGAAUGUUUGUUGAAGUUUUUCUUUUACAGGCACUGUUCUGUAGGUGUUUAAACAUGCAAGCGAGGCAAUACUUAAGUCAAGGACCUUUUUGGGCACAUAUUUAAUCACUUUUGAGCAAUAAUGACAUUUGAUUUGCUCUCAUGUUUUGUCAUGUGAAUAUAUAUAUGAAGAAUAUAUUUUUGCAGUGCAAUGACCAUCGUUGCAUAUGAUCACUUUUAUGUGCAAAUACAAUUAAUUCUUAAUGAAAUGCAUUCAAGAAUCAAGGUUGUCAGGUUGUAUUGUUUGCCCUGUGUGUCAGGUUAUAUUUGUCUCAGUUUUUUUUCUUUAGGGCUGAAAAUGAUGGCAAGGUCAUGCGUGCAUGCAAGCUUCAAAAGUAGAUCCAGACUGUGCUGCAAAAUCUCCAGGCUCGGUUUGUAUGCUGCAUAUGUUCUUCCUAGAGAGAAAGAAAUGGUAUCACAGUAGUUUUUACACAGUGUGGUGUUCGUUCAUUUUGGACUAUACACUGAAAAAAACAAAAUGUUUGCAAAGGACUAUAAAUAAUGUUCCAGAGAGAUGCAAUAAUCUAAAGCUGAAGGACAACCAAAAAUUAUAAAAAAACAAGCAAACAAAAAAUCACUUCUAUAUUCCACUGCACUAGAAAAAUGUAAAAAAUACUUUGGACCACAGUAUAUUUGGAUGUUAAUGCUCUGAGAUGAUGUUUUGCCUUAUUUGUUGAUGUUGACCAAAUUUUGCAUUAUUAAGAUUGAACACUUUUCAUUUUUAUUUUUUGUAAAGAAAUACUGCCCGGAUAUUUCAAAAGCAACUUUUACUUUUUGCAGAUUAUAUCAUGAGUGGUUUACAAUGUUUGUUUUCUUCUAAGAACUUUCUGGUCACAUGCACAGAUGUAAAGUAAACAAUAAAGUACUGGAAGUAUGUAGCAUGAGUUUCUGAUCUCUGUUAACAGUAUAUAUAGUUUUUUCAUGAUCUGUUUAAAUGUUACGUUUUUCCAUGAAUGAAAGAGAAAACAAAAUGUAUGUAGUUUGCAUAUGCUGUCAGUCAAGUUUUUUUUUCUUUACUUUCCACGUAUUUAGCAGAAAUACAAAAGAGCAAGCAUUUAACAUUAAAUGGUUGUAGUUGCAACACCUCACAAACAGCUUCUAGAUAAAUUAGUUUAAGGCUUGGUUGUAUUUAAAAUGUAUCAGGUUUUGCCCUUGACCUUAUUUAUUAUUUUCACACCCAGCAAUGAGUGAUAUGAAUGUUACGUGGCUAACAGCAAUUUCUUCUGUAAAAUCACAGAAAGUUGCAGUAUUUCUUUGUGAAAUUCAUGCAAAGUACAUCUUUAAGUUAUUCAGGCAUUUUAUUAGUUAAUGUAGUAUUAACAUGUGACUUUCAUAGUGUACUUGUAAAAUCUAAGAAAUAAGAAAACUCAGUGCAAGUUAAGACAACCAAAUGCAUAGAUUCUCAUGCUACAGAUGGCAAUCUGAAUUUCAGUAUGAACAAAGUUGAUCUGAUGUUUAGUCACUGCAUUCAGGGCGAUUGGUCAAAGUUCAAACCACUCUGUAUAUCCAGAAGCAACAGUACAAAUGUCUCAGCUCUCACUAUUACUUCACAAAACAGAGCAUGACU